AUGAUUUCACAGAAAUGUAUUCAAACUGCUGCAGGUUUUGUGAUUCUUUGUUUAGUAAUCAAAUCAGCGACACAAUCAUCACAAUCAGCUGGCGAAAGAAAUUCACUUGAACCGACUGAAGAGCUUCGAUCUUAUUGUGGAAUACAACUUCAUCGUGCUGUGAGAGCUUUUUGUCGUGAACAAUAUAUUGUGGCUUAUAAAAAGAAAGAACCGCCAAGAAACUUUCAAAAGCCCUCAAGGUGUGGUGGAAAUUUAAUUGAGCAUUGCUGCAAGAAUAAGUGCUCAAUAUCAACUUUUGUGCAACAUUGUCCAUAUCGAUACAUAAGAUAA